GGGGUGGGACUGCCGGAUUGAAUCCGAUGCCGAGGCUUCGAAGGAGGGACCGCGAGAGAGUAGCGGUUGCCGUCAUGGCUGCCGCAGGCAAGAUUGCGGAGGAUGCCUUCGACGCGCUUGACCUCAUUGCUGGGUAUCGCAGUGGGUUUGGGCAGCCUGUGGGCCCUGCGCCACUCGCCAAUCUGGGACUCCGCAUUGAAGAUGAUGACGACGAUGGCCCGACCAAUCACAGUCUGCUGUGGCUUUGGCCUGCCAUUGUCGACAUCACCAGAAUCCUUCCCCGUGCGUCCCCUAGGUGGUGGGUGAUGCGGCGAAGUGCUGGUUUGUGGAAGGAUCUUCCCGAUGACGACGCCGAGGACGACCACUACCUCAGUCUUCUACGGAUGAGGCAUUCAACUUUCGACCGUUUGCUGUGGAAGGUUGGCCCUCUUUUGGAGAGGGAGAUCCCCAGAUUCCGUCUCCCUUUGCCACCGGCCAAGAAAUUGGCGUACGCACUCCAUAGGUGGGCCCAUGGAGACCACCAUGGGCACAGUUGCUCAGGUUACGGCCUUGGCAGAACCAGGGGCUUGCCUGCUGUUAUGGAUGUUGCAGAGGCAAUUGUUGAGAGCUACCCGGGUGCCGUGGGCUUCGGUGGGUUCGCCGAACAUGCCAGAAUGCAGAAAUUUCCGGGUACCGUCGGUGAUGCUCGUGUGCUGAAGAACACGUCUUUGUAUCGCCGCGUAUUGAAGGGCCACCUAUUUCUUGACGACGUCCACGACCCGUUCCUGGAGCAAAGAGACGCCAUCCCGGAUGUGCCUGGUGGGUACUUGCUCGGGGAUGGUGGUUACCCGAGUUUGCUUUGGCUUGUGAUUCCGUACGGCCGCCAACAGGUGGUCACGCACUCCAUGGACGUCUUCGAUUCGCUCCACAAGAUUGUCCGUUCCGCUGUGGAGCAAUUUUUUGGCGUCUUCAAAAUGCGAUUCUUAGAUUACGUCUGUGACAGGCACGCGUUGGAUGAGGAGAUGGAGAGUGCGGAGCGAGAGCUGGAACACAUGCACAGGGUUCUGGUGGCGAGAGGAGACACCAUCUCCGUCCGAAUGCGCAACGGGAGAGCCGUGUGUGAAACGGAGGUCACNGAGCUGGAACACAUGCACAGGGUUCUGGUGGCGAGAGGAGACACCAUCUCCGUCCGAAUGCGCAACGGGAGAGCCGUGUGUGAAACGGAGGUCACACAAGACAGUAGAAACGCGCUCAGGUGGGCAGCAAUUGUUGCGGACAGGGUGCGGUCAUCACGCUCUGGCCUGCAGCAGUGCUGCGACAAUGUCGUGACCAGACACGUUCAAUUACGGCGGGAGUUGCAAAGGUGGAGGAGGAUGUGGGAGGACAGCCGAAUGGCGCAUGAUGGCGCCGCUCGUGGUCUGCGAGAAGCUGAGCGGGAGCUGGCCGAUAUUCGUAGAAGGUGCGAGGUUGCAGAAUCCGAGGUCGUCGUUGCGCGCAGACAAGCUGAAGAUGCAUGGAGAUUGGUCGAUGAAAUUAUGCGCAGUGAAUCAGCGGUGGGGAAGUCGGAUGGUGACGACUUUUGUGAAGUCUUCGAGGGAUUAUCGGUGAAGGAGAAAGGCAAAUCCGUGGAUACCUCCCAUCAUAAGGGAGCUUCUUCUCCAUCAUCACCUAUGUGUCAUUCCUGCGAGAACAUGAGCAGCCGUCUCGCGCACAUCGAGCACGAGAUAGUGAAGCUGCAAGCCACGAACGAGAUGCUGCAGUGGCCUGCUUCGGUGUGGGAAGAAUGGGAUAACGAUUUGAAGAUGUGUUGCGUCCCUCGAAAGUUUCCCCCUCCGCCUGGAUCGUCUUCCUCAACCACUAAGUUCGGUGACAGCUUGAGGGAGUAGAUACAGAGAGAGAGAGAGAGAGAGAGAGAGAGAGAGAGAGAGAGAGAGAGAGAGAAGAGAGAGAGAGAGAGAGUUGUGGUUCGAUGGUUUGAUGGUGACGACCAUCUGUUUUUGUAAUUUGGACUUACAUUUUGAAAAACCAUUUGUUUGUGUAUUUUGGACUUAUCCUCAGUUGCAUUGAUGGGACCUUCCUUUCUCUCCCACAAGAUGUUUCUGUCAGCUGGGUUACCGACCUCCCCUUGCCCUAGCGCAUCUCUCUCUCUCUCUCUCUCUCU